UACACCAGCUGCGAAUACGUACCCAUCUGGGUCCAUACUUCGUACUCCCUACUUAGUACAGUUCACGCAAAAAUAGGGGCCCCUGUUGAUCUCGGAGUGUCAGCGUGGCCGGCUCGAUCGGGAGAUGUUCAUUUGGCACCCCCCGCACUUCGUUCGUAUCAUAGAGACUGCAACUCGUACAGAACCUGCUACUUCAGUACAACCUCAUCAACCUGCUGAAAUUGGCGUUAGAACUUCAGUUCUGGAUGGAAAUUGUGGUGGUAACCUCGUGUGCUCAAUUUGUCUUGGGUUGCAUCUUGGCUCCAGCAGCCACGGGCCAGCUGCAGCCCUGACUUCAGCCAUCUUCACCAGCACCAGCGCUGCCUCAAGCCAGCUCGCCACCAAGACAUCCUUUUUCCAUCCCUUUCCUCCUGGUGCCUCCUUGCAGCGAGACAUUCAAAUAAGCAGAAGACAUUCCCCUCACAUCAGAUCAGAAACACAAUUACCUUUGCCUUGCCUCUUCUACGGCAUAAUUGUGUCGAGGCACGGCAAUAAACUUUUUCCUGCGUUCGAGGCAAUCUUCAUCUUACCUUGCACGUCGCCUCACCUCGUCUUUCUCAUACAGUAAUACAGUCAGAAAACCGGCCGCCUCGCGAACAUGACUCUCAACUCCCGUCCUGUCACGUAAAGUCGAACAUACCUCACAUCACAAUACAAACCAUCGAAUUGCAUGCAUCACAUACCGAAAGAAAACUUCAAUAG